UAAGAUAAAGUUUUGCAAGUGAACGAGAAACAUGGACAAAGAUAAGGUUUUCGUACUAAAACUUUGUUAUGUAUGAUGACCGUUACAUGGAUAUGGAAUGUAAAAUAAACUGGUUCGUAAACAAUCUUAAGGAGAUGACUGCUUUAUUACAUAUCUCUGUCAGUCCUUGGUUUUAUUUUAUUGUUGGACUGAUAUUUUCGUCCUGCCAUAUACAAGGUCAACACAUGUGUCAGCCGCAAGUUAAAAAACGCGUGCAACCGCAGUAUCUUUUUCAGUAUGGAGAUAAAUGCUACGAGUAUGUGCCUUCGGCUGACAGCUGGAUGCACGCUAGGGACGACUGUCGUAGUAAGGAAGGCCAUAUGCUUUCAAUAGGAAGUGCUGAAGAACAAACUUUUAUUUACAAUGUACUGACUAAAACAUAUUUGGCUAAAAAAAUUUGGCUUGGACUAGAUGACCGUGUAAAUGAAGGACAAUGGAAAUGGGACUCUGGUGACAUCAUGAACUAUACUCACUGGGCUCCUGGACGAUAUGUUGAUCCAUACCACGAUCAAGAGGAUUGCGCUAUCAUGGUUAUGUUUCGAUAUGGUCAAUGGGAUGAUGUUGAUUGCAAUGCUCUUGUACAUGGGAGAUAUUUGUCUUAUCCAUGGAUUUGUCAAUAUAAUAAAUGGACAAAAGUCUCAAAUUCGACAUCCACAGUACCUGCAAGUUGGUCGAGUUGGUUUUCCGGGGCGUGUUCUGUUACUUGUGGAGCUGGUACCACCACUCGACUUAGGCGCUGUAGUACUGGACACGAAGGUGACUGUGCUGGAAAAGCUUUUGAAACUGUAACGUGUGACGCAGGUCCUUGUCCCAUCGAUGGCUCUUGGGGCUUGUGGCAGCAGUGGAGCACCUGCUCUUCCACUUGUGGUGGUGGUAGACAGAUUCGCACAAGAGACUGUGACAAUCCAGUACCUCGACAUGGUGGAGCGAACUGCAAUGGGACAAGGAUCGACAGUUCAACAUGCAGUCUAACAGAUUGUCCACACUGGUUUCCUUUUUACGAAGCUUCUCCGUGCAGUGUAACAUGUGGAGUAGGUUUCAUUCAAUUGAAAAGAAACUGCAGCUCUGGAAAUCCUCAUGACUGUCCUGGCAGUGAAUAUAGUGAAAAGUCCUGUACUCUUAUAAACUGUUCUUUAUUAUUAACAAUAUGAUAAAGAAAACUACAUAUG